AUGGAGGUACUCUGCAUCGGAACAGCGGACACCAAGUUGGAGGAGCUGCUCUUCCUCGCGGCGCAACUCCGCUCCGCCCUCGCCGCCACUGGCUCCGACUCUAAGGUUCAAGUGAGCAUAGUGGAUGUCUCCACAACUGAAAAGACAACGGCUAAUGAUUUCAAAGACAUCACAUUUAUCCCGAGAAAUACAAUUCUUUCAUGCCAUUUGGGUGUUGACCAACAUAAUCUUCCAGAUGACAGAGGUGAAGCAAUUGCACUCAUGUCAAAGGCUCUUCAGAGCUUUCUGAAAAAAAGAUAUGACAGUGGUAUUCUGGUGGGUGCUGUUGGUUUAGGAGGCAGUGGAGGAACUGCACUAAUUGCUCCUGCUCUGAGAUUGUUGCCACUUGGAGUGCCUAAGCUUAUUGUAUCUACUGUUGCUAGUGGUCACACUACACCUUAUGUUGAAACAUCUGAUUUGGUCUUGUUUCCUUCGGUUGUUGACAUAUGUGGAAUAAACAGUGUCAGCCGUGUUAUAUUAUCUAAUGCUGCAGCAGCUUUUGCUGGAAUGGUACAUGGAAUCUUGUUGGCAUCCAAUGAGUCUGAUGAAACUUCAACAAAGCCAACUAUUGGUAUUACUAUGUUUGGUGUUACAACACCAUGUGUAAAUGCGGUCAAGGAUAGACUGAACAAAGAAGGGUAUGAGACCCUUGUAUUCCAUGCCACUGGUGUAGGAGGCAAAGCAAUGGAAGACCUAGUUAGGGGUGGUUUCAUACAGGGUGUAUUGGAUGUAACGACAACAGAAGUUGCAGAUCAUAUUGUAGGUGGCAUCAUGGCUUGUGAUGAGACCAGGUUUGAUGCAAUUAUAGAGAAUAGGAUCCCUCUUGUUCUUAGUGUUGGAGCCUUGGAUAUGGUAAACUUUGGAGCUCGAGAUACAAUUCCUCUUACUUUUGCAGAGAGAAAUAUCCAUGUUCAUAAUGAGCAGGUUUCAUUGAUGCGGACGACCAUGGAAGAGAACAAGAAAUUUGCUAGGUUCAUUGCUGAUAAAAUAAACAAAUCUUCAUCCAAAGUUACUAUUUGCCUUCCCCAGAAGGGCAUAUCUGCAAUAGAUGCUCCAGGAAUGCCAUUCUAUGACCCAGAAGCUACAUCUACACUAUUGGGUGAAUUAAACACCCUUAUAAAGAGAACCGACAUCCGAGAGGUGAAGCUGCUUCCUUACCAUAUCAAUGACCCUGAGUUCGCAAAUGCAUUGGUAGAUGCAUUCUUGAGUAUGGAUGUAAAGGCCUCUAGUUCAGCCCAACCUAAGCAAGAUCUUAAUAUAAAAAGGUCCUGUUCAGGACAGAAAAUUUCAGAUAGUUCUGUUAUAUGGAGACCUCCUGUCGAUUUUCCGGAUGCAAAACCAGAAACAUUGCGGAAGACGCGAUCAAUAUUACAUAAACUAAAGGAACAAAUCAGUGAAGGUACUCCAGUUAUUGGAGCUGGUGCCGGCACAGGCAUAUCUGCAAAGUUUGAAGAAGCUGGUGGGGUUGAUCUUAUAGUGCUAUACAACUCUGGACGGUUUCGAAUGGCUGGAAGGGGCUCACUAGCAGGGCUCCUGCCCUUUGCUGAUGCAAAUGCCAUUGUACUUGAGAUGGCCAAUGAAGUGUUGCCCGUGGUUAAAGGAGUUCCUGUUCUUGCUGGGGUAUGUGCUACAGAUCCAUUCCGUAGAAUGGAAUACUUUCUCAGACAACUAGAAACCAUUGGAUUUUGUGGUGUGCAAAACUUCCCAACAGUAGGUCUGUUUGAUGGGAAUUUUAGACAGAAUUUGGAGGAAACUGGAAUGGGUUACAGCUUGGAAGUGGAGAUGAUUUCAGUGGCUCAUCGCAUGGGUUUCCUUACUACUCCAUAUGCUUUCAAUCCGGAUGAAGCUGCUGCCAUGGCCAAGGCAGGAGCUCAUAUCAUAGUUGCACAUAUGGGUCUGACAACUGCAGGGUCUAUUGGGGCAAUGACAGCUGCCACUUUAGAUGAUAGUGUUUUACGUGUUCAGGCCAUUGCAGAUGCGGCACUUGGGGUUAAUCCUGAUAUUAUUGUUCUCUGUCACGGAGGCCCCAUAUCUGGACCCCAAGAGGCUGAGUUCAUCUUGAAGAAUACUAAAAGGGUUCAUGGAUUUUAUGGUGCAUCAAGCAUGGAAAGAUUACCAGUAGAGCAAGCUAUCACGAACACCGUGAGAGAGUACAAAAGAAUUUCCUUAAAAUGA